UAGAGCUCUCAGCUCUUAGCUCUAGAGAUGCACCCAUUCGCAUCCUAUGUGCUGCGAAGUUAUUAUCGUGCAACAGGAUGGAACGAAGACAACUUGUACGCCAAUUUGACUCGUUCUUCUAACGCUAUACUGGACUUCAGCGUCCCUCGUGGGCUGCAUCUGUCCAUAUCCAAAGCUCCUAAUGGUCUCUUCAACACCUCGUACUCCAUGAAUGCUAUGCCGUCGCUCAACGGCUCAGUAGGCUACAUAUUCACAUCCUGCAACCUCGAUGUGAAGAGCUCCGGUAGUGUCCGUUUCAAAGACAUGGUCGAGCGUUUCAAGGUGUACCACCAACCUCGCAGGCCAGAAGGAAAGGAGGAAGAAUGGCUCGCCGGAGAGCGCUCUGACACACGUGACUACUUGCUCUAUGGCCGGUUGUACCUGCCUACUGGUAGACUCGAUGCGCUCUAUUCUACACGCUUAUCACCUACGCUACAGGCACUUGUUGCAGCGAUAUCAGAUCCACGGUCCAGUCUCUCUUCCGAGAAGCGGUCUCGAGGCGACAAUGUCAGCAACGUCAUGUUCAGCCUACAGCAUGACAUUGGAAAGUGGUGCUCUGAAUAUACAUACAGCGCAGAAGAUGGGAUGUGGGGCAUGCGCGUCUUACACAACUUUGGCAGGCUCAGAAAUCCAACCGAGCCUCCUGAGGAUUUGAACUCGUCCCCUGGAACAAGACCUAAACGUGUUGACGAAGAAGAGGCAACUGGUGGUGGUCUGAAGGGCAGAGUUUCUGCUGGUGCUGAGUUCUACAUUAGCGCAAAAGAGAGGAGUGCCGGAGUAUCCACGGGAAUUCGUUUCACAACUCUCCCCGAUGCAACCCCGCCAUCUUUACAACUCCCCCAAUCAUCGUCAUCACCACCGGCUCAGUCCUUUCGGUCGCCCCCAUCUCAACCACCGACAACUAUUACCGCUCUUUUUAACCCGAUGAUGGGACAUAUAUCCGCAGCUUAUGCAGCUCGUGUAUCACGCGACCUCUCAAUGUGUUCUCGGUUUGAUUUCAACGUUUACAGUUACGAUAGCGAGUGGACGAUGGGCGCUGAAUGGUGGAUGCGACGAGCCGCCUCGAGGCCGAGUCUCUCGACCAAUAACGUAAGUUGCAUUGCGUCAUGAUAUACCCGAUGAGGUUGCUCACAGCUCGAUUCAAUUAGAAUGUCUCAUUGAUGUGGGAGGGCCGCCUGAAGCAGAUGCUGGUUAGCUUGGGUUUUGUGUCAGAUCUCUCCAGUAGGUCAAAACC